CAGCUGCAACCAGUUGUCUUCAGCAUGGGGGAGCAGAACCACUCUGCAGGGAAAGAGCUUCAGCACAGGACACGAACAGAGGCUCCAGCAAAGAAAAACUGGCACCCCCAAGCCUACACUCUUGGGGCCAUUUCCAACUUUAUGUCUACUUUUCUGACCUUUCCCAUCUAUAAGGUGGUAUUCCGGCAGCAGAUCCAUGCUAUGGCAGUGUCAGAGGCUGUGAGACAGCUUUGGCAUGAAGGUCCUCAGUACUUCUACAGGGGAAUCUACCCUCCUCUUCUCUCCAAGACAUUGCAAGGGACUCUGCUAUUCGGGACUUAUGAUAGCCUGCUGUGCUCUCUUUCCCCUGAUGGGCCACAUUCCCUGGGACACCGAUGGACUGCAGGGCUCAUGUCUGGGGUGGUGGAGGCUGUGGCACUCAGCCCCUUUGAAAGAGUUCAAAAUGUCCUCCAGGAUGGUCGCAAGCAAGCUCGCUUCCCCAGCACCUUCAGCAUUCUUAAGGAAUUCAACUCUUAUGGGCUGUGGGGGCGGCUGUCACUGGGCUAUUAUCGGGGUUUCUGGCCUGUCCUUGUCAGGAAUAGCCUGGGGAGUGCUCUCUAUUUCUCUUUCAAGGACCCCAUCCAGGAUGGCUUGGCAGAGCAAGGCCUGCCCCAUUGGGUUCCUGCACUGGUGUCUGGUAGUGUCAAUGGAACAAUCACCUGUCUAGUUCUGUAUCCUCUGAUUGUGCUGGUUGCCAAUAUGCAGUCCCAUAUUGGCUGGCAGAGAAUGCCAAGCCUGUGGGCUUCUGCCCAGGAUGUGUGGGACACUCGGGGUCGAAAGGUACUCCUGAUCUACCGAGGAGGUUCCCUAGUUAUCCUAAGGUCCAGCGUGACGUGGGGCCUCACUACUGCUAUCCACGACUUCCUGCAGAGGAAGUCUCACUCCAGGAAAGAGCUGAAAGACUGA